AACUCAACAGUGACAGUGGAAGCAUGGGGAAAAAUCAGAAAAUGGACAUUGGAGGCCCCACCCCCACCUCUCCCGACGAGGAGCCCCCGAGGGACCCCGGUGUGGCCCAGCACCACUCCUACACGAAUGAAGACCUCGAGGGACACCGCGCCCAUUCCAUCUAUGUGGGCGUGCAUAUUCCUGGCGCCCAUCGCCGUCGAUCCCGCCACCACCGCCACCACCGUCACCAUCACCGCAGCUCCAACAAGGAAGGCAGUGAGAACAGGCCAGUGACUCCCCCAAGCCAGAGGGUGCAGUUUAUUCUUGGAGAAGAUGAUGAUGGAGAUGGCACACAUGAUAGCCAUCCCCUCUUCAGUGAGAUGGAGACUCUCAUUGAGAUGGAAGGUGGAGAAUUGGAGUGGAAGGAAACAGCAAGAUGGAUCAAGUUUGAGGAGGAUGUAGAAGAAGGAGGAGAACGAUGGUCCAAACCUCAUGUGGCAACACUCUCCCUCCAUUCACUUUUCGAACUUCGAUCUUUCCUUCUCAAUGGAACAGUCAUCCUCGAUAUGGAUGCCUCAAGUCUGGACACCAUUGCAGACCUUGUUCUUGACAACAUGAUUAAUCAGGGGCAGCUACCUCUUAAUGGAAGGGAAAAAUUCCGUGAUGCUCUCUUGCGGAGGCAUAAGCAUCUGUAUGAGAAGCAGAAACACAAAGAGAAUGGGAAUAUGUCCCGUCUGCCGCUCAUCCGCAGCUUGGCUGAAAUUGGUCGCAAUCAUUCUUCCUCUAAAAACUCGGGGUCAGGCUUCUUCAGAGCCUUGUCCUUUUCAGGUGGGAAUAAUGCCAGUGUUGUCUCCAACCCGGAUGGUGCCAUGGAGACCUCCCCGUCUUCGGGAUCUAUCACUCGCAACCAGAGUGGAAAUAAUUUGGAGUCGGGCAAUGGAGUCAGUGAGCACAAGGGCAACACCAACUUCAUGAGAAAAAUUCCACCUGGUGCCGAGGCCUCAAACAUCCUUGUGGGUGAAGUUCCUUUCCUUGAAAAACCUGCAACUGCAUUUGUCCGUCUAACCCAAGCAGCAAAUCUUGGGGACUUGACUGAGGUUCCUGUACCGACCAGGUUCCUUUACAUUAUUUUGGGUCCAACUGGUGGUCUUCCAAGAUACCACGAGAUUGGGCGUGCCAUGGCUACGCUUCUCAGUGAUGAAGUUUUCCACGAUGUGGCAUACAAGGCCAAGAACCGCAGUCAUCUUCUGGCAGGUGUUGAUGAGUUCCUUGAUGCUGUCACAGUUCUUCCUCCUGGAGAAUGGGAUCCUGCUAUUAGGAUUGAGCCUCCUGCAGCUAUUCCAUCUCAGGAUUCUCGUAAAACUCCAAAGAAGAAUGAACCAGAAGAAGUGAUUGAUGAAGAGGAGGAGGAGCAGAAGUUACGGGAACAGGCUGGUUUGACCCGUACAGGAAGGCUCUUUGGCGGCUUGGUGAAUGACCUCAAGCGGAAGAAGCCUUGGUACUGGAGUGACUUCAAGGAUGGCAUUUCCAUACAAUCCAUUGCCACUUUCUUCUUCUUGUAUUUUGCCUGUCUCACACCAAUCAUCACUUUUGGAGGACUGCUUGGAGAGGCCACGGAGAAUCGCAUUGCAGCCAUGGAGUCCCUUGUUGCCGGCUUGAUAUGCGGAGUAAUCUAUGGCUUCUUCUCUGGCCAGCCUCUGACCAUCUUGGGCUCAACUGGACCUGUUCUUGUCUUUGAAACUAUCCUUUAUGACUUUUGCAAAACCUCUGAAUGGGAUUACUUGUCAUUCCGUCUGUGGAUUGGCAUCUGGGUCGGUGCCAUUUUGAUCGUCUUAGUAGCUAUAGAUGCUUCAGCUCUUGUCUGUUACAUCACCCGCUUCACUGAAGAGAAUUUUGCUACACUGAUUGCCUUUAUCUUCAUAUACAAGGCGAUUGAGAAAGUAAUUAAGAUUGGCACGAAGUAUCCAAUGGAGACUCAUGUUGAUAUCCCAAAGUCAUGUAUGUGCACUGUUGGCAAUGAAACUCAAUAUGGUAAUUCAACCUACCCAUGGUACAAUGCUACGGAAGAAGAUUGCAAAAUGCUCUAUGAAGGAACGAUGAUGGGCGAUGGCUGCAAGCACUUCUAUCCAGAUGUUUACUUGCUCUCAUUUGUCCUCUUCUUUGGAACAUUCCUUAUCUCAAUCUACUUGAAGGACUUCAAGACUGCUUCCUUCUUCCCAACCAAGGUCCGACAGUUCAUCAGUGAUUUUGCUGUUAUCAUAGCUAUCCUUGCCAUGAGCUUCUUCGACUUUGCAGUUGGCAUCCACACCCCAAAAUUGGAAGUCCCAGGAGAGUUCAAGCCCACCUGGGAGGGCCGUGGUUGGCUUAUCCCAUUCUUUAAUGGAAACCCAUGGUGGUCUUCCAUUGUUGCUGUAGUGCCAGCUCUCCUGGCCACCAUUUUGAUCUUCAUGGACCAGCAGAUCACAGCUGUUAUUGUGAACAGAAAGGAGCAUAAGCUCAAGAAAGGUGGUGGAUACCAUCUCGAUCUAUUUGUCCUUGCCCUCCUCCUCAUUGUUAAUUCCAUUAUGGGCUUGCCAUGGUUUGUGGCUGCUACUGUGCUAUCCAUCAACCACGUUAACUCUCUUAAACUAGAGUCAGAGUGUGCAGCUCCUGGCGAGAAGCCACAGUUCCUUGGUGUCAGGGAAAACCGCAUCACCCACAUCGCCAUCUUCGCAUUUAUUGGGUUGUCUGUGGUCAUGACUCCAAUCCUUAAGAAGAUCCCUAUGCCUGUACUGUUUGGUGUCUUCCUGUACAUGGGUAUUGCUGCUCUGAAAGGCUUGCAGUUCUUUGAUCGUAUCCUUAUCAUGUUCAUGCCUGUCAAGUACCAGCCGGAUUACUCUUUCUUACGUAAGGUUCCCCUCAAAAAAGUACACUUGUUCACUGUUAUCCAGCUGGCUUGUCUGAUUGCUCUUUGGGUGAUUAAAUCUUUCAGUCAGACCUCUAUCUUCUUCCCACUUAUGUUGGUGGUGAUGAUUGGUAUCCGCAAGUGUCUGGACUGGUUCUUUACCCAGCGUGAGCUCAAGAUCCUGGAUGACACCCUGCCUGAGUUCAGCCGCAAGAAGAGGAUGGAAAAAGAAGAGGAGAGCAAUACAGAGGAAUCCGAGGAAGAUAAGAAGGCUGGUGUCCAUUCAAGUGAAGGCAUGAUGACUAUUCCGCUGGCUAAUGGCAAUGUCAUGAAGGUACCCAUGAACCCCAUCAACAUAUCUGAGGAAAUGAACAAGAGUGAGUGGUGGGAGGACCAGGAGAAGCAUAACAAGGCCAACUCUCCAACAAAGAACAAUGGGGACAGGAGCCGUGACAGCUGUAAGCGUUGCCAUCGCCGUAAGAAGAGCCGAAAUAAUGAUGGAUCCAAUGAUGAGGCCAAAGAGCCGACUAAGGAUGUGGAAAAGAAUGGCAGCAUAAAGUGUCACAGUCACACAGAAAAUGAUUCCGCUAUGAAAGACACUUUGGAAUUAGAGAAUGAAUCUUGCCAUUUCACAAAGAAACGUGGAACGAAAAAGGAUGCUCUGAACGAGGAGGAGAAGAAGAGGCUGAGCAUGAUGGCAGAAGAGGAAGAGGAGGACGAAGGGAUUACGAUCAAGGUGACGAAGUCGUAAAUUGUCACACUAUCAGCCAAUUAUCAUUUCGUUAUAUGAUUUUCUUUUUUUCUUUUCCAUCUUGUGUUCCUUUUUUUGAAAAGAUCAGGAUUCCUUUGAGCCUUAGUUGAUGACACAAGCAAGGUAGAUCAGCUUUAUGGAGCCGUCAGGUACCAUCUGAAAGGCCUGAUGUGGUUCUAUUGAUUUUGAAGAUAUAAUUAUAUUUUUAAGACUAAAAUAGUAAAUCUUUUUAAAACCAUAAUAAAGGCAUCCGUUAGCUGAUCUAGUCACAUAUUCAGUUGUAAGACACCUUGCUAUAUGUUGGUAUGGCUGUACCUGGACCAC